AUGCAUACCACUGCUGAAAGCAAUACCAUGGAGCUGUUAAGCAUUAAACCGACCGUCUCAAGGCCAAGUUUAUCAUCUCUUUGGUCGCUUCAUGUUCAUUUACAGAGUGAAGCGCAUGAUAUCGAUUUGCGACGUGUCUCACAAGCAUCGCUUCCAAUACCUUUAUUUCCAAAUCCAAACAACACUACACUCCUUCGGAACGUGAAAAGUUUAUCAGAUUUGAGUGAAACGUACCGAUUAGAUUUCUCACUGGCAAAUAUUCAACACGAGAAGAGCUACAUAACACAACUUACAGGUCAAGAUCAGGUGACAGCCAAGCAGCGUAAUCGAUGUGUUUUUGAAUGGCUGGAAGGGGUCGAGAAAAAGACAUAUUUCUUACCUACAAUAUAA